UCCAGCAAACGACUUCAAGCCUCAAGGCCUCGUUUCUCGUUAGAACCUCAAAUACAGAGACGAGAAUAACACAGGCCUUUCCUUUUCGCCCAUGGCUCUGAUCACCUCACAGACCAAAAACCCCAUUCUCCAUAACUUUACCACCUUUCACCGCUCAAUCCCCCGGCUAACUAAUUCUGAGUCCUUCUCAAACAAUGCUAGAGCCCUUAAAGUCUCGAACUUCAAUUCAAAUUCGAACAAACUUUCCCUGAGAACAAACCCCUUCAGAACGGUGCCGGUUAUAUCUGCCAAUGCGGCAUUGACAGAAGCAUUGGAACCAGCAGAAGAAGGGAAUGCAAAGUACAGGAGAAUUCUGCUAUCGGACGUAGAGGUGAAGAGAGAGAGACGAGUUUUCUUUGGGAGGAAAUGGAAUUCGUUGGAUUUGGGCACUGCUGGUGUUGUAUUGGCCAUGCAUAUGCUUAGUCUCUUUGCACCGUUUUGUUUCAAUUGGAGAGCUUUCUGGGUGGCCAUGGCUCUGUAUGUUGUGACGGGUCUCUUUGGCAUCACGCUAUCUUUCCACAGAAAUCUUUCUCACCGGAGCUUCAAACUUCCCAAAUGGCUUGAGUAUCUCUUUGCGUAUUGUGGGGUUCUCGCUCUUCAGGGGAACCCAAUUGAUUGGGUGAGCACACAUAGGUACCAUCAUCAAUUUUGUGAUUCAGAGAGAGACCCACACAGCCCCACAGAAGGAUUCUGGUUCAGUCAUAUGAGCUGGUUAUUUGAUACCAAAUCUGUGGUUGAGAGGUGUGGAGAACCAAACAAUGUUGGAGAUUUAGAUAAACAGUACUUUUAUAGAUUCCUCCGAAGCACUUACAUUUUGCACCCCCUUGCUUUGGGAGGGCUGCUUUAUGCCAUGGGAGGUUUUCCUUUCCUUGUUUGGGGAAUGGGUAUGAGAAUUGUUUGGGUAUACCACAUCACUUGGCUAGUAAACUCAGCCUGCCAUGUCUGGGGGAAGCAAGCCUGGAAUACCAAGGACUUAUCCAGAAAUAAUUGGUGGGUGGCAGUGCUAGCAUUUGGGGAGGGAUGGCACAAUAACCACCAUGCUUUUGAGUACUCUGCGAGACAUGGCCUAGAAUGGUGGCAAGUGGACAUGACUUGGUACGCAGUGAGAUUUCUGCAACUUAUUGGCCUGGCCAGUGAAGUCAAGCUUCCUUCACAAGCGCACAGACUAAGAAUGGCAUUCAACAACUGACGCAUUCAUGGCACUCAACAAUAGAUUGAUCAGCUCAUAAGCGUUGCUUUCAUCCCAUGUCAAUGAGUUAAUAUCAUUGUUAGUCUUUAUUGUCCGGUUAAAUUUUGAUUUUGGUCCCUAUAAUGUAGUAUUUUUUGGUCUGAGUUUAAUGAAUGGUCUUGAUACUUUUAAUGAGUUAUGAUUUUGGUCCCUAUACUUGAAAUUCAUACAAAGUCUUUAUAAAACUAUAAGGGCCAGAACCAACAAUUUGAAACCACAGGUGCCAAAACCAAAAUUAGAUCAAAUUGUAAGGACCCACAAUGAUAUUACCCCUUGUCAAUCAAUCCUCAGUGUUGAAUUUCA